AUGAAGUUACUCGCCGUCAUCUCUGCGAUUGUCUUCGCCGCUGUUGCGACAGCAGGAACUACGCACACCAAUAGUCAAUUGGGGAGCGGGGGUGGAAAAAGACAAGAUGCUGACAAGAUGGAACAUGGACAGGAUCCUAAUCCUGCUGACAAAGAUGGAUUAUGGAUAGAUCCUAGAUGGGAUGUGGAUAGACUGCUGGUAGAGUUGGGAUGUAAACAUUAUCAAAGAAACAAACACUGCAAAAACGCCAUUACGAUAUGCAAAUCACCUUUGAAGGGAGUCCUGCAGAUGUCACUGUGCUUGAAAGAUGGCGUCCUUGCCGGAAUGAGCUAUGAGGAUUGGCAGGCAUCAAUGGCCCCCAAGGUCCAGGGUACAUGGAACUUGCACGAGGCGGUCUCAAGGGAAGACUUGGACUUCUUCGUUCUAUUUGGCUCUGUAGUUGGACUUUGUGGCAAUGCCGGGCAGACUAACUAUGCAGCUGCAAACACGUUCCUUAAAGGUUUCUCACGAUAUCGUCGCCAGCUUGGUCUGCCAUCUUCAGUUCUGGUGUUGGGAGCCGUUGGCGAAGUUGGCCUGAUCAGCCGACAGCCAAAACUCCUACAGUCAAUGCAAGCUGUUGGCACGUGGCUUUUGGAUGAGGAUGAGGUAUUGAAGGGUUUGGAAAUAUGUAUCCUGCGAUCCCAUGAUCCGAUCGCCGCUGAUCCAGGAACUCAGACAUCAUCAUCCGUCAUAAUUGGACUUGGAUAUACCAGACCACUUUCCGAUGCAUCGGUCCGUCUUUUAUGGCAUAGUCAAGACGCUCGAUUUGCACCUUACGCAAACGUCGACGCUUCCUCUGAGCAGCGGCCCGGUGAAACCAGUAGCAACAUUCUCAGAGGUUUAACCCUCCGAGCAGAUAGAGACCCAAGUAUCAUGCUCACAGAAGAAUCUCGCAGCCUUAUUAUACAGGAAACCGUUCGCUUGAUUUCCUCGUCACUCAUCGGAUCGCAAGCUCUCGACGAAGGACAGAAAUGGGAGAUGCCGAUUGAUUCCCUUGCAUCACUCGAAAUCAAGAGCUGGGUGCGGCGGAAUAUGGAUCUCGAUGUCAGUGUGGCUGAGAUUGCUAAAUCACGAACGGUUGGAGGGUGGGCGCUUAUGACUGCAGAUCGCUUGGUAGCGCAUUAUAAAGCUAAGCUUGAGAAUCCGAGAAGUGGUAUGCUUUAUGAAGGGACAGCAGAGAUAUUUAGCGAGGUGGUGGACUAG